AAGUUUGGAAAGUUUCAAAGAAAGCCAACAUUUUCUACUUUUCGUGUGCACAUUCAUUAUUUCGGUGCAAACCAAGAUCAUCAUCCUCAAACCUUUGCAUAUUAACAACCCUUUUACAUACACACACUGAAACCAGGAAACCAGGUUUCACACACACACUUAGAUGUCAAUACCAGCCACAUCAUGCAUGAAAUUUCCGUGUUACAAUUUUCUGAUUUUGUUCUUCCUCCUUAUCUAUGCAAACUCACAAUCUCAACUAUAUGAUCAAGAACAUUUAGUAUUGCUGAAUAUAAAGCAAUACUUGCAAAACCCACCUUUCCUUAGCCACUGGAAUUCAAGUUCCGCUCACUGUUCUUGGCCAGAGAUCAAAUGCAUCACUGGCUCUGUCACUGCCAUUACUCUUUCCAACUCCAACAUCACCCAAACUAUACCAUCCUUCAUCUGUGACCUCACAAAUCUCACACAUGUUGACUUCAGCUACAACUCCAUCCCUGGUGACUUCCCGAAACCCCUUUACAAUUGUUCCAAGCUAGAGUACUUAGACCUAUCAAGGAACAAUUUUAAUGGCAUGAUUCCUCAUGACAUUGACCAUUUGAGUGCUAAUUUGCAAUAUCUUAGCCUUGGUUCCACCAACUUCACUGGUGACAUUCCUGCUAGUAUUGGAAAGUUGAAUCAGCUAAUAGAACUUCAUCUUGAAUAUUGCCUGUUCAAUGGUUCUGUUCCUUCUGAGAUUGAGAACUUGUCCAAUCUUGAGUACUUGGAUAUGUCAUCUAACUACAAUUUCCCUGAGUGGAAAUUGCCAUGGAACUUGACAAAGUUCACCAAAAUGAAGGUUUUUUAUCUGUUUAGCACCAACUUGGUUGGAGAAAUUCCUGAAACUAUUGGAGAUAUGGUGGCUUUGGAGAAGCUUGAUUUGUCACAAAAUGGUGUAACUGGAGGAAUUCCUAGUGGUUUGCUGUUGUUGAAGAAUUUGACCACACUUUAUCUUUAUAAUAAUAGUUUUUCUGGGGAGAUACCAAGUGUGGUUGAAGCAUUGAACUUGAUCAACCUUGAUCUUACUAGGAACAAUCUUGAAGGGAAAAUACCAGAUGAUCUUGGAAAGCUCCAGCAGUUGUCAUGGUUGGGUUUGUCUCUGAAUAGCUUGUCAGGUGUGAUACCAGAAAGCUUAGGCCGUCUUCCAAAUCUUAAAGAUUUUCGUGUGUUUUACAACAAUUUAUCCGGUACUCUUCCUCCUGAUUUUGGCCGUUAUUCAAAGCUUGAAACUUUUUUGAUUGCCAAUAAUAGUUUUUCUGGAAAGUUGCCAGAGAAUUUAUGCUAUUAUGGUGUGCUACUUAAUUUGUCUAUUUAUGAAAAUAAUCUGAAUGGUGAAUUGCCAGAAUCAUUGGGAAAUUGCAGUAGUUUAUUGGAUCUGAAAAUGCACAAUAAUGAGUUUUCUGGUAAUAUUCCUAGCGGUCUUUGGACUUCUUUCAAUUUGUCAAAUUUCAUGGUGAGCCAUAAUAAGUUCACUGGUGUGCUUCCUGAAAGGUUGUCAUGGAAUGUUUCAAGGUUUGAGAUAAGUUACAAUCAGUUUUCUGGUAAAAUUCCAAGUGGAGUAUCUUCAUGGACUAAUUUGGUAGUGUUUGAGGCCAGUAAGAACUACUUCAAUGGAAGUAUUCCACAAGAGCUAACAGCUCUUCCCAAGUUGACAACCUUGUUGCUUGAUCAGAACCAACUCACUGGGCCACUUCCAUCAGAUAUAGUAUCAUGGAAAUCCCUAGUAACUCUAAAUUUGAGGCAAAACCAACUCUCUGGACAAAUCCCUGAUGCAAUUGGUCAAUUACCUGUCCUUAGUCAACUUGACUUGGCAGAAAAUGAAUUUUCUGGCCAAAUUCCUUCUCUACUUCCUAGACUCACCAAUCUUAAUCUAUCCUAUAAUCAUUUGACAGGGAGGAUUCCAAUGGAAUUUGAAAAUCCUGUGUAUGCUAGUAGCUUUUUGGGCAAUUCUGGUCUUUGUGCUGAUACCCCAGCAUUGGACCUUACCUUAUGCAAUUCUAGCCUUCAAAGAACAAGUAAGGGAUCAUCUUGGUCUAUAGGUUUGAUAAUAAGUUUGGUGGUAAUAGCGUUGUUCUUGGCCCUUUUGGCAUCACUCUUGAUUAUUAGAUUUCAUAGAAAAAGAAAGCAAGGAUUGGAUAAUUCAUGGAAGUUCAUUUCCUUUCAAAGGCUGAAUUUCACAGAAUCGAGCAUUGUCUCAUCAAUGACCGAACAAAAUAUAAUUGGAAGUGGAGGUUAUGGUACAGUAUACCGCAUUGAUGUUGAUGGUUUAGGCUAUGUUGCUGUGAAAAAAAUUUGGAAUAACAAGAAGUUAGACCAUAAACUUGAGAAUUCAUUCCGUGCAGAAGUUAGGAUAUUGAGCAGUAUCCGUCAUAACAACAUUGUGAAGUUGAUGUGUUGUAUCUCUAAUGAGGAUUCUAUGCUCUUGGUCUAUGAGUACUUGGAAAAUCAUAGCUUAGAUAAGUGGCUACAAAAGAAGAGUAAGUCAUCAUCUGUGCCAGGUUCAAUGAACCAUGUGGUCCUUGAUUGGCCAAAGAGGUUGAAAAUAGCUAUUGGAAUUGCUCAAGGUUUGAGCUACAUGCACCAUGAUUGUUCACCACCUGUUGUUCAUAGAGAUGUGAAAACAAGCAACAUCCUUUUGGAUACUCAAUUCAAUGCAAAAGUUGCCGACUUUGGAUUGGCAAAGAUGUUAACCAAGCCUGGAGAAGUUAACACCAUGUCAGCUGUGAUUGGCUCAUUUGGCUAUAUUGCUCCAGAAUAUGUUCAAACAACAAGAGUUAGUGAAAAGAUUGAUGUGUUUAGUUUUGGAGUUGUCCUAUUGGAAUUAGCAACUGGUAAAGAAGCUAAUUAUGGAGACCAACACUCAUCCCUUUCAGAGUGGGCAUGGCGUCACAUUCUAGUAGGAAGCAAUGUGGAAGAAUUGCUAGAUAAGGAUGUAAUGGAAGCUAGUUACUCAGAUGAAAUGUGCAGUGUUUUCAGACUAGGGGUCAUGUGUACUGCAACAUUGCCUGCCAGUAGACCUUCCAUGAAGGAGGCCCUACAAAUAUUGCUCAGCUUAGGAGAAUCAUUUGCUUAUGGAGAGAAGAAUUAUGGCCACUGUUAUGAUGCUAUGCCCCUUCUUAAGAAUUCAAAAAGUGACACUAUGUUGGAUGUUGAUAUAUGACAAUAGAAAUGAAUAACAAAUUUGAUUCCCUAGAAUGUUAUACGUUAGUGAACAUUCCAGCACAUAGGAUUUUAGAAUGGGCCAAUGAAUCCAGAAAUUUUGAGGCAAUAGCUUUUUGUGUUGAAAAUGAAAAAGUGAUUUAGUUGGGUGUUGGAGGAUCUUUAUACAGAAUGGAUGUAGAUUAUAGAAACCAAAAUGGGAAGUUAUAAUUGAAAUAUCAAUUAAGGUUUGGUAUAUGUUUGUGUGUGUUGUGUGCACCUAUUUUCACCCUAUCAAUUUCUUUUUUUCAAUCAAACGUUAUGACUUCUAAAAC